UAUAGCCGCCGUUUUUCGCGCGUCGCUACCAAUUGUUCAGCCACAGUCAAUCGUGGGUCUGUUUUUAAAGCUCUAGCGGUCGGCUGAUUCCGGCGCUCUUGCGGCCUUUCUCCCGAGGAAACAUGUUCGAGGCCAGGCUCAUCCAAGGCUCAGUCCUAAAGAAGGUGCUGGAGGCCCUCAAAGACCUCAUCACGGAAGCCUGCUGGGACUUGGGCUCCAGCGGCAUCAGUCUGCAGAGCAUGGACUCCUCGCAUGUCUCGCUGGUACAGCUGACGCUGCGCUCUGAGGGCUUUGACACCUACCGCUGCGACCGGAACAUCGCCAUGGGGGUUAACCUUGUCAGUAUGUCCAAAAUUCUGAAGUGUGCGGGUAAUGAUGAUCUGAUCACUCUGAGAGCAGAAGACAAUGCAGAUACACUAGUUCUGGUUUUUGAAACACCAAAUCAGGAGAAAGUUUCAGACUAUGAAAUGAAAUUAAUGGAUUUGGAUGUAGAACAGCUUGGAAUUCCAGAGCAAGAAUACAGCUGUGUGGUGAAAAUGCCUUCUGCUGAAUUUGCACGGAUCUGCAGAGAUCUUAGUCACAUUGGAGAUGCUGUCAUAAUCUCUUGUGCAAAGGGUGGUGUUAAAUUCUCUGCUACUGGAGAACUAGGAAGUGGAAACAUCAAACUAUCACAAACUAGUGAUGUGGAUAAAGAGGAGGAAGCUGUUACAAUAGAGAUGAAUGAGCCAGUGCAGCUGACUUUUGCUUUGAGGUAUUUGAACUUUUUUACCAAAGCCACACCACUGUCUCCUACCGUAACACUCAGUAUGUCUGCAGAUGUUCCACUAGUUGUGGAGUACAAGAUAGCAGACAUGGGACACUUGAAAUACUAUUUAGCUCCCAAGAUUGAAGACCAAGAAGAAUCUUAACAAUCUGGGAGAAGGAAAGUGAAGAUCUGCGCUGGAAGCCAGCAGCCAUUCAGUUUUCCAGUGUUGGUGCAAGGAGCUCUCAUGCACCAUUGUAGAUAUUUCUGUGUAAAUAUUUCUUUCACUUGUUAUGCAAAUAUCAUUUCUAAAAUGAUCUCCCUCCUGUUUUUCUGGCUAGUGCCCAUCCAGUUUUUUUAGGUCCUGUUUUUAUUACUAAACUUUUAUUCCAUUUCACAGGAAAGAUGAUGGAAUAUUUAACAUAUGAAUGGUAAUCUCUUUACAGUGAGAUGUUUAUGACUCGCAAAAUAUUAAUGUUAGGAAAAAUCUGCUUUUAAUGGUUUGUUUUGAAGCUGGAGCUCUCUGACAAAUUAACACAUGACAAUAAAGAAUGAAUAUUCAGUUUCUUA